UAACCAUACACAGAGUUCAUAAUAUCAAAUAGCAUUCAUAAUCUGUGCAUAGAUUGCCAUAUCAUCACAGGUGCCUCCUGAGACAAAACUCCUAUUGACUUCAAUGGAAGUUAUGUUGAAGGACAAUGGGAUUUUACUGUGCACUGAUAUAUUUCAUUCAGGGCAGAACCUGAGGGCUGCAGACUUUCCAAAUUUAAUUUAAGAACACGAGCCAGUAAAUUACCAUUGCAAAACACAUUGUUUAUUCUGCUUUCCCAUGUGACAAUCUUGAACACGUUUGUUAUUUUAAUCAAAUUGGCAGAGAUGAAAUGGGGUAUAAAGGACAGAGUGCAGAAACUAGUGCUGUGGCUCACACUACUUCAUCCAGCUGUUAUAAAAUGCAGGCCAUUCCUGUUCUCCUAUUGGUUGGCUUAGCCUAUGUCUCCCCAGUCUUUGGUAAAAGAGAAAUCAGCGCUAAUGGCACUUUCUCCAACAGACAGUAUUACAGCUCAAUAAAUGUCAGUAAUGGAGGACCUUGGGGCACUUGGACAUGGAUUGAUAUGUGCCCAGAACAUUUCUAUGCUAUGGGAUAUAGUGUAAAGAUGGAGGAGUAUGGAGGAGCUAGUGAUGACACUGCACUAAAUGGGAUCCGUUUAUUUUGCAUAAAAAUCAACAGUACGAGUAGUGCUGUCUAUACUAUCGAAUCUGAUUCUGGAACGUUUGGGCAAUGGUCAGGAAUCACUUGGUGUCCAACAGGGUUCCUAACAGCCUUUCAGCUGAAAGUUGAAGUUCCAGAAGGAAUUUUAGAUGAUACAGCUGCUAACAAUAUCAAAUUCCGCUGUAGCAGUGGUACUAUCAUAGAAGGAACAGGUGGUAGCUUUGGUGAUUAUGGUGGAUGGAGUAAUGCCUGCACAAGAGUUGGAAUCUGUGGCAUUGAAACCAAACAGGACCAAUACCAUAAUGUUUUUGUCGAUGACACAGCACUCAAUGAUGUUCGUUUCUUCUGUUGUGACUGAUUUCUAUUGUUGAAUGUUAUUUUCUGGGAUUUCCCAAAGGCUGACACCUGGCUUGUUCUGAGCAGAACAUUUGUUAUUUUCAGCCUUGUGCCAAGCCCCACUGCGAAGUCAAUUAGCUCUAAAUCUUAGUAAAAGUAACAUUCUCUGUCUCUUUUUAAAAAGUCAGCAAUAAAUUAGGUUUUAAUAGCGAUGUGCUGCUCCCUUAAUGACUGUAUGAAAGCUGUGACUGAUUGAUCUGGAAAUGAAUUGUGAGCCAAUCUAAAGGAAAGCCAGGUAAUUAGGAAAAGACUCCAUCCUGCAAUCACCUCUCUGUCUUGCUAAGCUUCUCCUCCUCCUAUUUUGGAAGCACCUGAAGGUUUCAGCCCUAUUUAAUUUCAUUCCUAAUUUAAGGACUCCAGAUAAAGUGUUCAUGCAAGUCAGACUGUCUGACACAGGGAGCCUGACACUAUAUUCCUCAUAUUAUAAUAAUUGCUGUUAACUUCAGUGGGAGACUUGAGGUCAGAAAGGAUGCAUGAUCACACUCCCAGUAAAAGAACCUUGCUGAGUUACUUUUGAGGAUCAUCUACGAGACCCAUGGUGAGUAAGGGACUAUAGGAAUCCUCUUGUGUAGAGUCAACAAUGUCAACACUCUUAUUCUUUAAAGUAGCUAGCAGCAGAUGCAGGAAAAGGAAGCAGACACCAAUAUGUUCUUCUUAUGUAGCUAUAAAGUCUUGUGCAGCUAAAGUCCUUUCAUUUUCUGCUGUCACCUGGAAGUUUUACAACUUGAGUGAUACUUUGCUUUAGUAUAUUAAUUCAUCUCAAUGUUUUAUUAGCCAAAAUUGAAUGUCUCUGAUAAAUUACAUGUCAAAAU